AUGAAGAGCCUAAAAGACGUCAUUCAAUCUCUUAAUAAAUCCAGCAAUUCUUAUGCGCAGCAUUGGCACUUGCUAUUUAAAAAUCCGUCAAAUGAAAAGCGGUUUGCAACAGAACUUUUGUCGCAUCAGAAAACUUCAAUAACUAUAAUUUACAUCUGCACAAUUUUUGUAAUAGCUUGAUUUUUAUCAAGAAAAGAAAUAACUUGUCUGCGAGCAUUCCUAUUAUGCCUGUCUGCCAUACCAUUUCUUCUUGUAAAAAUUGAAAGAUCAUUUAUCCAUAGGAUCUUUACCGAAAUCAUUGCUAUGCAAUUUAUUUUGGCUACGAUAAACACUGGCUCAAUAUGUGAAUGUGUAUGUGCUUUUAUACCAAGUAGCAUUUUGAACUAUUAUUUCUUGAAAACAUGAAUAUAUAGCUUUAUCAUGAAUAUUCUUGAGAUACUACUCGUUUAUUUACUAACUUCCCCCUCCGAGAGCGAACCAAAAAAUCUUAUUCACUAACGGAGGGGCUUAAUUUUUAUUUAAAAAAAAUUAUAUAGUCAGUGUCACUAACUAUAUAUAUUUUAUAGAAUUUGUUUUUCUUCGGAAUUUAAAAAAAUCCCACUUCUCAAAAUUGGAAGGCAAAUAUUAAUUUAAUUUGUAAAAUUUAUGCUUUAAAAUGCAAUUAAAAAAUUAGCUCGAGAUGUCAUUAUACUAGUUAUCACUUAUAUAUCAAAAUUUUUUCCCAUAAAAAUUUUUUGUAUUAAAAAAAUUUUUGUUCGCUCACUGAGGGUGGGUUUUGGGCAAAAAAAUAGGGAUUUUUCUAAUGGUUUUGUUCGCUCGCGAAGGGGGGAGUAAGAGAUGUAGAAGUUUUUAAUAUUCUUUGUGCUGUUUUUUGCCAUAUUUUUUGAAUUGUAAUGAUAGAAAGAGACAUGAAAAUCGCUUGAGCACUCUAUCACUCACAAAAAGAUAAAUGCAAUAAAUUCGAGUCAUUGCUUCAAGGACCAGAAAAUUCCAUAAUUAUUGCAGAAUGUGACAGAAAAGGGGGAAACAGUAAAAAAGAAAAAGAAGUGUUUUCAAAAGUGAAAUUGAAAGAAGACCGCUUCAGCAUCCAUAUAGAACUAGCAAGCUUUAUUGAUGAGAUUUUUAAUAAAGCCUCCUCUAAAGAAAUCACGAUAAUCUAUACAAGAGAAUCUAGUGUUCCUCCAUGCAUUUUGGGAGACAAAAGCUUGUAUUUGCACAUCUUGAGAUGCUUGUUUGGAUAUGCACUUGAUUAUUCGUCAUGUGGGACUGAGUUAUUAUUCCAUUUAAAAGGGCCCUCUUCGUACACAGAUGAAUACGGUAUUGAGUUCCAAAUUUCUUUUCAUUCAGAAAAAGUAACCCAAGACGGUUUAAAUAAAAUUUUCCUUAACUCAGAAUCACUACUCAAGCCUAAGUUCAUAGAAACCCCUUCAAAAAUUAAUAGUAAACUGCUGAUUUUCAGUCUGAUUUUAGAACUACUCAAAGGUCGGGUUAAUCACUGCCUUUAUACCUCAAGCAAAAGUAGAGCAGUUUUAAGCGUAUUUAUUCCAAUUAAGACUUCAGACAAAUGAAUUGAGACGACCUUCGUACCGACUCACUCCCAUCCAGAAAUCGCACCAAACAACUCUAUCAAAUGGAAACCUGAAAAAUCAAAAAUCGGGGCAAUGACAAGAUUUCAGAGAAGGAAAUCUCUAACACAAGCACCGGAGUAUUUGGAGUAUCUUAAAAAAUAUUCUACUCAUGCGGAUAAUGGCUACACAAUACAGCAAGACGUUAUGGAAACUCUUUCAGAUGUGUCGAAUUCUUCCAGUGCCAAUUUUUCUCAAGAAUGUGACGAAGACGUCCGAGUAGGUCCUUGCGGUGUUUCUUAUUCUAAAUCCCACCCUCCGUGAGUGAGCAAAAAAAUUUUGUUCGAAGUUAAUUUUUUUUUUUUUAAAAAAUUUAUAAAUAAACUUUAUAGAAAAAUUUUUUUUCGAAAUUUUUAAAAAAAUCCUAAUUCGAAAAAAUUGGAAAGCAAAUAUUAAUUUAAUUUAUAAAAAUUAUGUUUUUAAAACGCAAAUUUUUUAAAUUAAACAGAAUUAAUAUUGAUUUCAUUAUACUAAUAUCACUUAUAUAUCAAUUUUUUUUUUAUAAAAAAAUUUUUGUUCACUCACGUAGGGUGGGUUUUUGGGCAAAAAUAGGGAUUUUUCUAAUGGUUUUGUUCACUCAUGGAGGGGGUGAGUAAGACAUAUGCAGGCGUGCUAUCGACUAUUCCUAAAUCAUCUCUAGUAGUUCCAAUGCAGAAUUCAAAAUCUAUGCCAGAAAGCCCUUGAAAGCAUAAAAACGGCUCGCUAAAAGUAAGACGAGUAUACGCAAAUAGUAAAAAUAACUAUUCUCCUUUGCCUGACUACAAAUUCACAGACUCAAGACCUACCUUUUGCUUAUUAGCAGAAGAUACUAAUGAGAAUAAGUCUUUAAAGUGUGAAGUAGGGGCCUUCAAAGUGCUCAUCGUUGACGACAUGGCUUCACACAGAGAAUUUCUUGAAGCGAACCUUGGAGCCAUCACACAUAUAAAUGCAGAGCAUGCAAAAGAUGGGAACGAAGCUUGGAAAAUGUAUGAGGCCUACGCAAAGAGUGGAUAUAUGUACAGAGUUAUUUUUAUGGAUUUAAUGAUGCCGAAGAUGGAUGGGUACAAAUCCACACAAAAAAUAAGGGAAAUUGAAAAACAAAAUGGGUAUCCAAAGACACUGAUAUGUGGGAUGUCAGGAGAUAAAGAAGCUAAAGAGAAAUGCGUAAAUGCAGGAAUGGAUGAAUUUUGUAAGGGUUAUGUAGUGAUAAAGCCGCCUCAAAUUUCAGAGGUGAAAGCGAUCCUUAGCAUCCCUUGCAAUAAGAAACAAAAAUUUUGAUAUUUGAUAAUGAAACUUGGCUAAUUUUAUUAAAUUUAGAUAGUUGCAUUCUGAAAUUAAAUGCUGAAUUUGUACUUCUAACAUCUGCAAAAAGGGAUUUUUUAAAAAAUUUUAACAAAAAAUAGUUACAAGCAAAAAUAUUUUGUUUUUUUCGCAGGUCUGGGAAGUAAGAAAGCUGGAGCAGAGUUUUAG